GGGGCCAAUCUACCGCAGCCAAUGAGCGGACUGCCCUGCCGCACUAGCGCCUUUCUUAUAUAUUAAUCGGCAUUGCGCGGCUGGGCGCUGGCGUGAACUUCAACAUGAUCUUCAAUGUGCCCAUAGUGCUCAUCUCAAUGCCGACUUCAAAAUGGAGCGACUCCUCGAGAUCUUGGAAACCAAGACAUCCUCGACUUCGCCCAGGAACCGCUUGUUGACACAAGCCACUUGAUCUUCGUCCAGCUUUCAAAAUGCUUGUCUCGAUUCUCUUCCUCGCCAGCCUGGUGUCUGCAAUCCCCGCACCCGCUGCUACUGCUUCAGCUGCUGGUGCUGGAUUCCGAUUCCUCGGUCGCGUCAACCCGGCGAACAAGGAACUCACCUGGCCCGGAACAGGCGUUUCGUUCACAUUCAAAGGCACCACCGCCAGCGUCAACCUUGCCAACAUCGUCGGCGACAACAGUUUCGACCUCAUUAUCGAUGGCAAGGCUCCCACGGUGAUCAGCAAGGUCACCGCCACCACCAUCUCUACCCCCAAGCUAGCACAGGGCACACACACCGUCGUGCUGCGCCGCCGCUCCGAAACCGCGCUCGGUACCGUCGCCAUCAGCACCGUGACCACUGACGGAUCCUUUGUCGCCGAGAAGCCCCUCACCCGCCAGAUCGAAAUCAUCGGCGACUCCAUCAGCGUCGGUUACGGCCUCGAUGGUACCAACCCGUGCACCAACAACGCCGCCCUAACCAACAACCCCAAAACCUACGGCGUACUAGCCGCCAAUGCCCUCAAAGCAGACUACAGCGUCAUCGCCUGGAGCGGCAAGGGCCUCGUCCGCAACAUCGCCACCGGCUCCACCGACACCAGCCCCAUCAUGCCCGAGCUGUGGACCCGCUACGGCGCCAACGACGCCUCAAACUCGUACACCUUCCCCGCGUCCUGGAAACCCAGCGCCGUCGUCAUCAACCUCGGCACGAACGACUGGUCCUACCUCGCCUACACCGCGACGGGGCAGUCCUACGCCGCGCGCGAGACCCUGAAGGCCGCCGACUUCACCGCCGCGCUCGUCAAGUUUGUCAAGUCCAUCCAGACCCGCUACCCCGCGGCGCAGUUCUUCCUGCUCAGCAGCCCCAUGCUGGGCGAUUCGUUCCCGACCGCCGCAGACGCGCAGCGCACCAACCAGAUCAAGGCGGUGCAGGAUGCGGUUAAGCAGAUUGGUGCCAAGGCGCAGUAUGUGGAUUGGCCGCAGCAGGGGAGCGAUGUCGGGUGUGAUUAUCAUCCCAAUGCGGCGACGCAUGCGGCGGAGGGGAAGGUGCUGGCUGCGGCUAUUAAGGCGACGUUGAAGUGGUGAGUGGAGACUUGGUAGAGGGCCUAAAGGAAUCUUUGGUUGCCGAAAAAGUAGAUGCGUUCACGCAAAGAAAUGGGAAGCAUUCGAUGUCAGUUUGAGUGUUGUAU